AUGGCGCGAAGUGAGUCUGGCAGCGCGCAAGAACAGUCCCAGGACACGAAAGCCUCGUCCAAGGCCCGAAAAAAGGACGAUGACGACAGCAAGAAGACCAAAUUUUGGACUACGGGGAAGUCAACAGCCUUCAAGGCCGCCUUGAUGGUAUUUAUAAUAGGCGAAGGCCUGCCCAAAAACCUGCGAUGGGUAUUCUUUGCGCUCAUGAUCUCCAGCGGCCGAUCAUUUGCGCAUAAAAUAUAUGCCAUCAUCUGGGUUGGAGUCCUGGCUCUGUGGUACUGGCCCUUCAUCCACCCGACCCAAGUCUACGGAAUCUUAAGGUCUAUCGACUUGUUCCUGCGGGAUGUGACCCCUAGUAUUUACCAGGAAAGGGUUUUCUCAACCACCACGUAUCUCGUCACCAUGGUCCUUCUCCGCAACUUUUUCGACAUCUCCACUCUCACGGAAUCCCUAGAGAUGCAAUUCGGACCCUCAGAAAAGUGGUUAAGGGCGUUGUGGCCAGCAGUGCCGUGCCUUCUGAUCAUCCACGAUGACGGGUCAGUGAAUGGGUUUGUCCCUGAAGGCUGGGACGGCGUCUGGAUGGGAAUAGUCGCCAAGCUGGGAAGCCUGGUCGUUCCCUUCUGGAUUCGAUGUGUGGUGUGGCUAUUUAUGACGAUGCCCGAUAUGAACGGCGAGAUUAUUUGGAUCGUUGAAUGGAUCUUCUGCUAUAUAGCAUGGACGAUAUCUGAUAUCGAGCCCUAUGUUUCAUACGCCAUCUAUAUCCUCGUCCACCAGUUUCCCCAUGCCGAGUUCGCUUUGCGUCAUCGAGGCGGCGCACCAUCCGACAUUUUGCUCCAACAACGUAAAGGAACCAUCUCAUUCGUGGCAACAAUCUUCUUCAUUGAGGCCAUUGCUGGAGAGAUGCAGGACUCCAUUGCGACCAGUAUCUUUAGCUUUUCCAUUUCUUCCACUUACUGGCUCCCAGUACUCCAGAUUCUCCUCGUCGCUGCCCUAUUUCUUUCAUACGUCUCGCCAUCUUCCAAGGCGAGGUUUGAAUAUAAACCGCUCACUGGAGAGAAGCCCAUUCGGCUGCUACGCCUCCGUCCCCAAAUUUCCAUUCGCCAGAACUCGACCGUCCGCUGCGAUAUGAUUUACGCCAACCUCAAGACCCCACCCAGAUAUAUUGCGGUAUCCCACUGCUGGAGCCAGCCUCAGGGAGCGAAGGAAAUGAUCCUAAUCAACGGGGCUCCCUUCAUAGUGUCCCAGAAUAUUUUCAGUCUCCUCAUGGCCAAACGGGAUCCGAGUCAACACGUUUAUCUCUGGAUCGAUUCGAUCUGCAUUAACCAGGCGGACGAUCAGGAAAAGGCUCUGCAGGUCGGGAUGAUGAGGCAGGUUUUUCAGGAGGCAUAUUCCACGAUAUGCUGGCUGGGCAACGAGCCUGACUCGAGAAAGAUACUAAGUUUCAUCACUCGACUCAACGGCGUGACUGAGAUUGAGCAAUUUGCCGUGCUGAAGGGGGAUAAAGACUCGGGGUGGGAUGAGUUCCGAAAUCUUCUUUGUAGUCCGUGGUUUGAACGCACAUGGAUCGUCCAAGAGGUUGCAGUGUCCAAUGAUCCUGUUAUUCGAUGCCGCGGCGGUUUAGAGAUUCCCUGGAGGCUGCUCACACAUGCAAUGGGGAAGGUCCAAACAAUGCUGCUGCAUUCAGGUGUCCAUGAAGAGCUUCUUCAGAACAAGAUGCUUCUUAAUGCUAUCAUCCUUCAAACUAUCCGCCUGCAGGAAUACGACAGCGACCCACUGAAGCUCCGCGACAUGCUCAAGGUUGCAUUGAGGUUCAAAGCUACGCUCCCAGUUGACAAAGUAUUCGCGUUCCUUGGCAUAAUCGACGAGCGAUAUUCGCCUCUCUUCCGGCCCAAGUUUACGGCUAAGGAAGACUCGAAACCCACUGGAGAAAUUAGUGACAAAGGGGAAAUAUUCUCGCAGGUUGUUGAGGACUUUACCGAAUCGCUGGGAUCGAUAGCCGAUAUACUCUCGGCGGCCAAGGGCCUCGAGCCAUCUCGGCGUGGGCAGCUCCUGCUCGAUUCACGCCGCGGCCAAGGUGGACUGCGUCUUCUUAAAAACCUCAUGAGAGAUUUCACGCUGAUUCAGAGAAAGAUGGAUCGUAUAGUGAAAGGGAAGGGGUGGGAAUAUGAGUUGAUGCGCCCGGAUUAUUCCUCGAAUACUACGCCUGAGAUGGUAUAUACAUAUGUUGCGAAAGAUCUUGUUCGGCAGGGGGAGCUUCCUUCCUUUAUCCGCCUCGCAGGAGUUGCACAGAGACGACAUUCCGAUUUAUUAAGGAGCCUACCGUCGUGGGUAGUAGACUGGUCAGCGAAUCCGGAAACGUACCUCUUGCCUUAUGAUCGACCGAAAGCAGCGGAUCCCGUUCAGGCUGAGGAGGAUCUCCACACUGAGGAAGCAAACGAAGCGGAGAAGAAAGCCGACGGGAAAGAAACACCGACCAAUGAUCCUGACCGAGGCGGAAAGGAUGAUCUCACGGUGCGGCUGGGGGAUUUAGACUCAUUACACAUCAAAGCCGCUGUAUUAGGCACGGUUGCGCACCUGAGCCAACUGUCGGUCCCAGUCGAGAGUAGUAAACUUGAUGCUACGAGGCAGGCAAAGAAAGAUAUGGCCAUAAGGAAACGGAAUUACAAAGCCGCGAUGGCUCUGUGCCAGAAGUACGGGCAUUCCUGCUAUACUUCUGGUGGCGUCGCACUGGACGAUGCCUUUUUCCGAACAACACUUGCAAACCGUACCCACGAUGGAAUAACUCCGGCAACAGAUGAUGACAUUGCCAGGCAGAGGCGGUGGAUCGAACUUCCAGAGGGGCUGUCAACCUCCGCGCUCUCAGACUUUUCUCCACAAACACCACCCCCAAGUGGUCCCCGGAGUGAAGAAGAAGACGGCAAGGAGAGCCAUGAAGUCGGGAACGUAGAGGACAUGAUCUCUUUGUACCUAUCUGUUCGGAAGAUGCAGUGCUCCGCAAACUCCAUAUUUGCACACAUGGUCCGCGUCGACAUCAUGCCGUCCUAUGCCACAUAUCGAGCGACGGAGGAAGAGAAGAGCAGGUACAGUGGAAGUAAAUCCAAAGAGACGAAAACUGAAGACAAACCUGGCAACGGCGACCAGCAGGCGACCAAGCCUGUGCCAAAGUCCAAACAGACGGGAAUUUCCAUUUUCGGGGAUACCGACUCAAACAUAACGGCAAUUUACAGACCGUUUGUCGACUAUACUCUCGGGCGGAAAUUUGCCGUCACAGAGUGUGGGCACUUUGCUCUCGUGCCGGAUGCAUCGAGGGAGGGAGAUGUGAUUGUGUGGGUUAAGGAGUGGAAUUUGUGCUUGACCCUUCGGAAAUCGUCAGUCGCAGAAGAAUGGGAGGAGGACGAGGAAGAAGAGAAGGGAGAUGGUGUGGAAGCCGCUUCUCAGAAACCACAAGGAGAUGGUCUCGAUCCGCAGGAGAAAAGAGCAGAUGGGUCAUAUCGCCUAGUGGGGGAAUCCUUUAUCUACUUACCAGAUGAUUGCUUCCCGAGUCAACCAGGGGAUAUGUGUUUUCCCCAGUUACACGUCUUAAUCCAUCUCGCCAAGAAAAAGUCUCUACCACCAUGGGUGACUGCUGCAUCGGAGGUUUUCAGUGGGAUGCCGAGCCCAAAGGCCGAGAGGAGAAGCUUGCCGGUCAAUGUUCGAAUCUUGGCGGAUCAUUACGCUGCCGAGGUCAAUGCCACAGUUUACGUGCCCGACUUCUUCGGAGGGGAAAGGAUCCCCGCGGAUAUCAUCCGUGAUCAAAGCCGAUGGGGAGAACUGGAUCUCCCUUCGUUCCUCAGGCGGAACGCCAAAGACAUAAGACGGCCCGAGAUCUUCGAAUGCGCCAAGCAGCUAAAGUCCCUGCACCGUCGCACCGGUGCCAUGGGCUUUUGCUACGGGGGCUGGGGCGUAUUCCAACUUGCGGCCAAAGGCAACGAACUGGUCGACUGCAUCUCGGCGGCCCACCCUACUCUGUUGGAGCACCAUGAGAUCGAAAAUGUCGCUGUCCCGGUCCAGCUUCUGGCUCCUGAAAUUGACCCGCAGUUUACCGAAGAGCUGAAGGCGUUUAGCAACCGCGUCAUACCGACGUUAGGAGUGGCCUAUGAUUAUCAGUACUUCCCCGGGCUUGAGCGUGGGUUUUCUAUUCGGGGCGAUCCGAAUAAGCCUGGCGAGAAAAAGGAUAUGGAGAGGGCGAAAAAUGCCGCGGUGUUAUGGUUCCGCCAGUGGUUACAUUGA